CAACAGACAAAGUGAGAUGGCUGAGAACAACUACUCUGUGACAAAUGAGUUCAUCCUAGUGGGAUUCUCAGAUCACCCAAACCUGAAGACCCCCCUGUUCCUGGUGUUCUCUGCCAUCUACCUGAUCACCAUGGUGGGAAAUCUCGGACUGGUGGCCUUGAUCUACGUGGAACGCCGUCUUCACACACCCAUGUACAUCUUCCUGGGCAAUCUGGCUCUCAUGGAUUCCUGUUGCUCCUGUGCCAUCACUCCCAAGAUGCUAGAGAAUUUCUUUUCUGUGGACAGAAAGAUUUCUCUCUAUGAAUGCAUGGUACAGUUCUAUUUUCUCUGUCUGGCUGAAACUACAGACUGCUUUCUUCUGGCAGCAAUGGCCUAUGACCGCUAUGUGGCCAUAUGCAACCCACUGCAAUACCACACCAUGAUGUCCAAGAAGCUCUGCCUUCAGAUGACCACAGGAGCCUACAUAGCAGGAAACCUGCACCCUAUGAUUGAAGUGGGGCUUUUGUUGAGGUUAACUUUCUGCAGGUCUAAUGUAAUUAAGCACUUCUUUUGUGAUGUCCUUCCAUUAUACAGAAUCUCCUGUAUUGAUCCACAUAUCAAUGAGCUAAUAUUAUUUAUUUUGGCAGGGUCAAUUCAAAUAUUUACUAUUACCAUAGUUCUAGUGUCUUAUAUUUAUAUCCUUUUCACUAUAUUCACAAUGAAAUCUAAUGAGGGUAGAGGCAAAGCCUUAUCAACUUGUGCAUCCCACUUUCUGUCUGUAUCAAUAUUCUAUGGGUCUCUUCUCUUCAUGUAUGCUCAACCACAUUCAGUCAAUGAAGGAGAUAAAGACAUACCUGUAGCUAUUUUCUAUACCCUAGUAAUUCCUUUAUUAAACCCUUUCAUUUACAGUCUGAGAAAUAAGGAAGUAAUAAAUGUGAUGAAACGAACUAUGAAGAAGAGAUGAUUCUGCAACAUUAGAAAACAAGGAGUAUCUUUUUGGACAAUUGAUUUAAAGUUGAAAAUGCCCUUUUCUAGAAACACACAUAAUGAGAAAGUUGUCAAAUGUAAAAAAAAAAUUAAUCAAUUUAUGAAAGCCUAAGAACAUUUGAAUGAAUUAGUUCAUAAUAAAUAAAUUCUGUUAAAAUCUGCUUGAAACUCUCAGGAAUAAGUUAUAGAACUGCUGAAGUAUUAGAAUGUAUCUAGCCACAGUUUUCAAUGUAUCUAAUAAAUUUUAGGAAUAAAGUUGUUAUUACCCAUGUUAGAACUCAUUUAGUAUCAAUUUAAGAUCUUAAAAUUAGAAGAAAAUAACAAGCUUAUAUUUAUAAUCUUACCAUAAGCAACUCCAACAGUGGAAGAAAAUUUUUAUAGCUCAACUUGAUUUUCAGUUUGACAUUUGUUCUUUCAAGAGAUUGUAUUUCAAGAUGUCCUUGUUCAAAAUAUUUAUUCUCU